GUACAGUUGCGACAAAAACUCAUUUCCGCAAGCACAUUUACAAAUAGAUGUAGAAAUAUAUAUAAUGGCGGAUUGUUCGUUUGCCAGAUGCCAACAGGAGCGACGCCUCAUCAAGCGCGAGCUAAUGAAAUGGUCAAAGGAUAUGCUCCACAUUGUGGGCUUAGAACGUGUCGCUGAGGAAUUCAUGGGUCGCAGGAAAUGGAAACAUUAUCAAGAUCAACUGACGCGCAACCAAUUGAAUAUUGCAGAGCAACAGCCCAUAUCAAUAAUAACGACAGAAUCAGAAACAGAAGUCGAAGACAACAAGAACUGCAAACCACUGAACCACCGUUUCGAGCAGCCCAACGGCCAACAUUUCAACAGCAACAACAACAACAAAGACGCACUGCAAUUUGAAAGAGAUUUUGACAACAACCCUACAUCACACGACAACGAGUCAAGUGCAACAUCACGUAGCUCCGGCUCACCUUCACCACCGCCAGAACCCAACGAUUGGACACCGUCUGAUAAGUGCAAUUUCUGUGUUAACGGUCGCUUGCUAACGGUGAACACCAAAGGCGAAUUGGUGGCCGAAACAACGGCAAGCGCGUCCAGCAACAACAACAACCACAUUUACAACGGCACAGCUGUGCAGCAGCAUGGCAAAUUGGCACAGUUCACAAUGAUGGCCGAUUUCAAUCUGAUGAGCACGCUGGCCAAUCAACAGCAGCAGCAACAGCAGCAACAACAACAACAGCAUGCUAAUUCGGUAACACCAACUACCUCAGAUGCAUCGGCAGUCGCCGCAAGUCCCACACUCAAAGAUACACCGAGUCCCAGUGCAGAUGCCCCAUUGGAUCUAAGCAGCAAACCAUCGCCAAAUUCACCCAAUAGCAGCGACAUUAAGACAGUCAGAGGCCUUUCGGAGUGUGCCACGCCUGUGCCACGCCGACGCACCUACAGUCGCGAGGAUCUGAGUAGCGCGUUGCAUGAUGUGCUGUCCAAUAAUCGGGGCACACGGAAAGCAUCCAGUCAGUAUCACGUGCCGCGCUCAACGUUGCGCAACAAGCUGUGCAAAGUGUCGAUAGAUGCGAAGCAGCAGCUGCAACACGAACUGGAGCUGGAGGAGCAGGACGAUUCUGGGGAAGAAGGCAACGAUGGUGAUAGCAAUGCAUCGACGCCAGCGUCGGGCUUUCAGGAGUUUGCCCAGCGCAUUGCGGCCACAGAGCAUCUGCGUAAGUUGAGCAACAUGUCCGAGCACAAUGGCAGCGACCUGGGCGAUGACCUGGAGCCGGUCAUGUCGCCAAAGCUGGCCAGGCCACAGAGUGGCACGCCAACGGGCAUUCAAGGCAUUCAGGCAGCCGCUGGAUUGCCCAUGUCCAUUGAUGCCAAUGUCUUGUUGCACACGCUGGUGUUGGCGGCGGGCAUUGGCGUGAUGCCCAAGCUGGAUGAGACGCAGACGCUGGGGGAUCUGGUGAAAUCGUUAGUGCUGGCCAACAGCGGUGGGAUCAUUAACGAGGGAUUGGCCAAUGCGGUUGCUGCCGGGCAUGAGAGCAAUGGCAGCCUGCUGCAGCAACACCAACACCACCAGCAACAGCACCACCAGCAACAGCAGCAGCAGCAACAACAACAGCAGCAGCAACAGCAACAGUUGGCAGCUGUUGCCGCCUAUCGUCGUCAUCUACCAAAGUCUGAAACGCCCGAGACCAGCUCCUCACUGGAUGCCAAUGAGAUCUGCGAGGAUCCGAUAUUGAAGAUUCCGUCCUUCAAGGUCAGCGGCGCUGGCAACAUUUCGCCCACGCUGCACGGCAAAAGCGGCGGCAGCGGCAACAGCAGCCACAUCAACAACAUCAGCCACCACCAUCACAACAACAACAACAAUAACAACUCAAUCAACAGCAGCAAUCGCAAUGGGGAUCACAGUCCGCACUCAGCCUCACCGAUGCUGGCAGCAGCUGUUGCCGCUGCGGCAGCCAGCAACACUUACAGACAGAGCAACAGCAGCAAUCUGUUGUCGCCGUCGCAGACAUCCAUACAGAAAAUGAUGGCAACAACAAUACAGCGCCAGAUCAAUGAGCAGAGCAACCAGGACAAUCUGCUGUCCAGUCUGGACAAGCGCAACAAUGGCAACACCAGCGGCAGCGAGUGCAGCAGCAGCGGCGGAGGUGGAGGUGGAGGUGCUGGCGUUGCUGGCGGUGGUGGCAAUGGCAAUGUCAGCAGCAGCGGCGGCGGCAGCAACUACAAGAAGCCAAGCAUUUCGGUGGCCAAAAUAAUUGGUGGCACGGACACCUCACGCUUUGGUGCCUCACCCAAUCUGCUUGCCCAGCAGCAUCACAGUCAUCUGCCCGCUCAUCAUGCCGCCCAUUCGCAUCAUCAUCAGCAGCAGCUGAGUGCUCAGGAUGCUGCCGCAUUGGCAGCGGGCAAGGGAACGCGUCCGAAGCGUGGCAAGUAUCGCAACUAUGACCGGGACAGUCUUGUGGAGGCAGUCAAGGCGGUGCAACGUGGCGAGAUGUCGGUGCAUCGAGCGGGCAGCUAUUAUGGCGUGCCACACUCCACACUGGAGUACAAGGUUAAGGAGCGACAUUUGAUGCGACCACGUAAACGUGAACCGAAACCGCAACCAGAUCUCGUGGGAUUAACAGGAGCUGCGAAUAAGGCGUCCAAUUUGGUCGGUCUCAAUCAGCUGGACAAGCUGAAGGCCAGCAGCAGCCACAAUGUCAACAGCAACCACAACAACAACAGUUCCGGCUCCAAGCUGAGCAAUGCACUGAAGAACAACAGCAGCGGCUCCGCAGCAGCGGCAGCGGCAGCAACGGCCAAUGGCAUGAAGUUGCCCAUCUUUGAUGCUGCCCCACAAUUGUCCUUCCAGCCGAACAUGUUCUGGACGCAACCGAAUGUCGGCGCCGGCUUUGGCCUCGACUUCAAUCGCAGUCCCGAAUUUCUGAAGACCCAACUCGUCGAGGUGAUGCGCAGCAGUCCGCUGGGUGUGAAUCCCAAUGCCCAUCAUGGUCGCCACUCGAUUGCUCACGAGUAUACCGAGAAUAUGUACGACGACAUCAUACGCAAGACUCUCAAGAAUGAGGGCGAUGCUGGCAGCAACAGCAACAGCGGCAAUGGCAACAGCAACAGCAAUACCAAUGCGCUGCUGGAUCAGCUGCUGGUGAAGAAGACACCGCUGCCAUUUACCAAUAAUCGCAGCAAUGAUUAUAUUGCUGCUGCUGCCGCUGCCGCUGCUGCUGCUGCUGCUGCCACUGCCUGUUCCAGUUCCGAGGGCGUCAAGCGGGCGGGCAGCCCCUUGGGCGCCUAUGCGGACAUCAAGCGGGAGCGUCUCAGUCCCAUGCGUAGUGCGGGGAGUGCGAGCAGCGAUGAGGAUCAUGAGCAUGCCACCAGCAACAACAAUAACAACAAUAACAAUAACAAUAGUGACCUGGCGCACAACAAGAACAACAGCAGCAGCAACAAUGGCAACAGCAAUGGAAAUGGCCGCAGUCGCAUGACAUCACGCGACUCGGAAACGGAUGUCAGCAGUCUGAAGAGCGAGCAAUCGCAGAGCUCGGCCCAACUUGCCACUGCAACAACUGGCAACAGCAAAAUGAUGGAUCUCAAUGGCAGCAACAGUGUCAAAUUCGAGCCGGAAACAACAGCAACAGCAACAACAUUGCCCAUUUCACCCAGCAGUUCCAUACUGCACGAGAAACUGGCACAGAUCAAGGCCGAGCAGACCGAGGAGCAGUUAUAGAGCAGGUGGCAAUCCGCCAAUUAUCCGCAGCAGCAGCAACAGCAACAACAACAGCAACAGCAACAGGUGGCAGCAACAUUUGUUUGGCCACCGCUUGCCACACACUACUACAGUUUCUA